UCUUGGCUCCGCGGCCGAGCCGAGCCGAGCCGGGCCGGGCCGGUGGGAGCGCCGGGUGCGCUGCGGCCGCCGCCAUGCCGUUGCCGACGCUGCGGGUGGCGGUGGUGUGCUCGAGCAACCAGAACCGGAGCAUGGAGGCCCACAACAUCCUCAGCAAACGCGGCUUCAUCGUUCGCUCCUUCGGGACGGGGACUCAUGUGAAGCUUCCCGGGCCCGCCCCUGACAAGCCCAAUGUUUACGAUUUCAAGACCACCUACGACCAGAUGUACAACGACCUGCUCAGGAAAGACAAAGAGCUCUACACGCAGAACGGAAUCCUGCACAUGCUGGACCGCAACAAGAGGAUCAAGCCCCGGCCCGAGAGGUUCCAGAACUGCAAGGAUCUGUUUGACCUGAUCCUCACGUGUGAGGAGCGGGUGUACGACCAGGUGGUGGAAGACCUCAACUCCAGAGAGCAGGAGACCUGCCAGCCGGUGCACGUCAUCAACGUGGACAUCCAGGACAACCACGAGGAGGCCACGUUGGGCGCCUUUCUCAUCUGUGAGCUGUGCCAGUGUAUCCAGCACACGGAGGACAUGGAGAACGACAUGGACGAGCUGCUGCAGGAGUUCGAGGAGAAGAGCGGCCGCGCCUUCCUGCACACCGUGUGCUUCUACUGACCGAGGACG